AUGGCGGAAGAAUUUGUUAUUUUAGACCUACCUACAUAUCUACCAACCAACCUACCCAUCCACCAACCCACUUAUCUAUCUACUAACUCACCUACCUAUCCGCCAACCCACCUACCUCUCCACCAAGCAACUGAUCUAUCCACCAACCGACCUAUAUAUCUACCAACUUACCCAUCUAUCUCUACCAAGCCACCUACCUAUCCACCAAGCCACCUCCCUAACCACCAACCGACCUACCUAUCCACCAAACCACCCACCAAUCCACUAACCCACCUACCUAUCUACCAACCCACCCACCUAUCCACCAACCCACCUACCUAUCUACCAACUUACCCACAUAUCUCUGCCAAGCCACCUACCUAUCUACCUACUCACCUAACUAACUACCAACCCACCUCCCUAUCUGCCAACCAACCUACCUAUCUACCAACCUACUUUCCUAUCCACCAAUGCACCUACCUAUCUACCAACCCACCCACCUAUCUACCUACUUAUCUACCUAUCUACCAACCCCCUACCUAUCUACCAACCCACCCACCAUCACUACCAAGCACCUACCUAUCUACCAACCCACCCACCUAUCUACCUACUCACCUACCUAUCUACCAACCCCCUACCUAUCCAUCAAUCCACCCACCAAUCCACCAACCCACCACAUAUCUACCAAUCCACUUAUCUACCAACCCACCUCCCUACGCACCAACCGACCUACCAAUCCACUAA